CAUAUCACUGUAAUAACGGGCGGAUUUUUCGAAACUGAAGAUUAAUUAAUGUGUUUUGUUGAAUUUUAAGUCGGGUAGUUACGAAAUCGGGAUUUUUUCCCUGCGUUUCUGUCACAAUAAAUCAUAUUUUUAUUUGCAAUGUCGGAUAAAGACUCCGAUAGGUCAUCUAAAUCAUCGGUUAAAUUGCUUGAAUUGCCGAAAAAGGAAGUUACCUCUAGUAAACCAUUUAAUCCCAAGCCUUUUUUGGCCACGUUAGUUGGCCAAGAGAUUAACGUUAAAUUGAAAUGGGGUAUGGAGUACAGAGGUAAACUGGUAUGCGCCGAUACCUACAUGAAUGUGCAGCUUGAAAAUGCCGAGGAAUAUAUCGAGGGUAAAACUCUCGCAAAGAUCAGGAAGGUAUUGAUACGCUGCAACAACAUCCUGUACGUCCACAAGUUUGACCGAGCGAGAUUUGAAAAAGAGCAGCGAGAAAGAGAAGCGAGAGAACAAAGGUAUGAGGAAGAAUAAAUGAGGCUCCAGAAACAAAGAUUUAUGUACAUUUUUCAUAUGACAUUCGGAGUACCAUGUUACAGAACAUCUUGUAUAGUCAAUAAAUCUUUUCUUUGUGAAAUCUUAUAUUCUUUUGAUUUGAAGUUAG